AAAUAAUUUGAGGGCCAUUUACGAGAUUCGAUCAGCACAUGGCAUCGUCUAGACAAACCACCGUAAUCGGAAACGUGAAUGUUGACGAGGAUAUUGUGGUUGUCUCUAAUGACAGAGAACCGCAAGAGGAUGGAGCAGUUAUCAGUAACCAAAACGUUGUGAGUGAAGACACUGUCGAGAGCUCUCCAGCCCCAACAAAACCUAAAAAGAAGAGAGGCAGGAACUGGCAGGAUUCAGGAACAAGGAGCAACAAAACAAUAGUUUGGCCGUCGAAGAAAGUGGCGAUACAGCGAGUUAGGGCAAUGAUACACUACAUACGAAAGAAUAAGAAACGAAAGGAAUAUUACCAAAACAAAGAUGUUGAGGAAAUGAAGCGGGAGCAUGCCAAGCUGGAGGAAGAACACACUCACGAAAACUGUUUGGUGACGUAUAUUCAGAGCUUGGUGUUCGGAGGAGUGGACGGUAUUAUCACAUCAUUUGCUGUAGUUGCUGCUAUUGCAGGUGCUGGGUAUAGCACGUAUUAUAUACUUGCUAUCGGCAUCGCUAACCUCAUCGCUGACGGUCUCUCUAUGGGUCUUGGGGAUUACAUGAGUAGUGACAGCGAAAUAAAAUUCGCAAAAACAGAACUUGCUCGAGAAGAAUGGGAGUAUGACAACUAUCAGCAAGGAGAGGAGGCGGAAAUGAUCGAUAUUUUCAAAGCAAGGGGAAUGACACAAGAAGAUGCUGAAAUCGUCAUUCGUACAACAGCAAAGUACAAGGACGUGUUCUGUAAUGAGAUGAUGAUACACGAGCUAGGUCUUACCCCACCGGAUGAUGACGACAGCCCUGUAAAGAAUGGUUUGGUGACAUUUAUUGCGUUCAUCAUCUGUGGAGUAGUCCCGCUCCUCGUUUACAUGUUCGUAGAUGUUCACAGCAAAUCUGGAGACACCAACUUCUACAUCUCAAUUGGCAUGACAGCAGCAGCCCUGUUUCUUCUUGGAGCCAUGAAGUCGCUAGCCUCGUACAUAUCGUGGUGGAGGUCGGGAUUGAGUAUCAUGAUUCUGGGGUGUAUAGCAGCUGCUUCCGCCUACGGUAUCUCAGCACUUGCUGAGUUUGCUGUCGAGUCACACAAGACGGGAACGUUGAGGAUCUGCGAUCUUAACUCAACUGGAUCCCUUGUCAGUAAUACUAAUUGAGGAAUGGAUAAUUGACUGAAAACACUGAAGUCUCCUCUUCUUUGUUUAAGAUACCACUUUCAUAAAGGAGUUCUGCAUUCGGACCAAG